AUGGCGACCUCCUUGCCGCGCACCGUGCCCUUGAACACGGAGCCAAAGGCGCCCGAGCCGAUCUUGGAGUCGCGGUUGUAUAUGAUCUCGGAUUUGUCGAUCUCCCACUUGGUGAUCUCCUUCUCCUCCUCCUUGAGCGACAUGCUCUCGACGGCGCUCGUCACCGAGCUGGUCUGGCUGUCCUCGAUGCGAGACGAUGGAGAGUGGGGCGAGGCGGCCGCCGAGUGGUCGGUCACCGCCGUUGUGUUGUUGGUGGUUGCGAUCGAUGUCGAGUUGGUUGGUGAGAGCUUGAAUGACGACUCUCUAAGUUGGUUCCAAAUAUCUUGA